UCCUAUUAAUUUCGUAUAUAUGUUUCCUUUACUUCUUCAACUUUCCUCCAAAAAGCAUAUCUCAUCACUCUCUUCUUUCUUUGUAGCAUAUUCAUAAAGACCCACCUUUUCUGUUUUAUCUCCAUCUCUCCUUCACAUAAACCCUAAAUUCAUACCCAUUUAACUGUUUUUACCCAAUUCUCUUCUAAAUUUCUUCUUCCAGAAUAAUGGGAGUGAAAGGAUUUGUUGAAGGCGGAAUAGCAUCAAUCGUAGCCGGAUGUUCAACUCACCCGCUUGAUCUUAUCAAGGUCCGGAUGCAGUUACAGGGUGAAAAUAACGUACGCGCCGCCCCCGCACAGUUGGGCGCCAAUAUCCACGUCGCCGCACCACCGCGCGUGGGACCCGUUGCAGUUGGGAUGCGGAUCAUCCAGCAAGACGGAGCAGCAGGGCUCUUUUCCGGCGUAUCCGCCACCGUUCUCCGUCAAACACUAUACUCCACCACACGUAUGGGUCUCUACGACAUGAUGAAGACAAAAUGGACCGAUCCCGAAACCGGAAACAUGCUUCUAUGGAAGAAGAUCGGUGCCGGAUUAAUCGCCGGUGGGAUCGGCGCCGCUGUUGGGAACCCAGCCGACGUGGCGAUGGUCCGCAUGCAGGCUGACGGAAGGCUCCCGGCUGCACAGCGUCGUAACUACAAAAGCGUGGUGGAUGCGAUCUCACAAAUGGCAAAAAGCGAAGGGAUCGGAAGCCUUUGGCGAGGAUCAUCGCUGACUGUGAAUCGGGCCAUGUUAGUGACUGCAUCGCAGUUGGCGUCGUAUGAUCAGAUCAAGGAGACGAUACUGGAUAAAGGUGUGAUGGAGGAUGGAUUUGGGACCCAUGUGACAGCGAGUUUUGCUGCCGGAUUUAUUGCUUCAGUUGUAACGAAUCCGAUUGAUGUGAUUAAGACCCGGGUGAUGAAUAUGAAGGUGGAGGCUGGGGAAGCGCCGCCGUAUGCCGGAGCAACUGAUUGCGCAUUGAAAACCAUAAAGACUGAAGGACCCAUGGCGCUGUAUAAAGGAUUUAUUCCGACGAUAUCACGGCAGGGACCAUUUACGAUCGUGCUAUUUGUCACACUGGAACAGGUCCGGAAAUUGCUCAAGGAUUUCUGAUUUGAUUGAUGACGACGACAAAUGAUUUAGUGUUUUUUUUAGCAUAAAAGUUCCCAUGUUUUAUUAUUUAUUUUUUUGGUUUUAUUUUUGUUUCUUUAUGGGAAAAUAAAUUAUAAAAAUAUCAUUACUUUUUAGGAUAA